AUGACAGACAACUUCAUUCUAGGACUCCCUACAUGUUGGCGGACCGUAUCCCAGUGUGAUCCGGCUGAUUUACUCAUAAUUUCCCGGUAUGCCCAGACCAAGGUAAAUGCUUGUUUCAUCUCUUAUUUGGACUUUACCUCUGCCCUGCAUGACCUACUCCCAUCUCUUCAAUCUUACACUGUACCGGAAGAUUUAUGGUCAAUCGAAACGUUUACUGAUCCCAACUCAACUGAAAUGGUUUGCCGAAAGUUUCUUCAGUCCUUGGACCAAUGGAAGUUUCCUUCAGAUUUGUCUUCAGACAACACUGUCGUACUGGAAUAUCGAAUUCUGUUCAGUGAUGCGUAUCAAGUUCCUGUUUUAUUUAUUCGGUCACAAGACCGCGAUGGUCGCGGCUUGUCCAUGGAAAGCCUGAUUUAUUUUCUAAAUCGAACUGAAGCUAAUUUGCACCCAAAUUUUAAUGGAUUGGUUCUCGGACUCAGCCCUAUUGAGCAUGCUCAUCUUGGCACUCCCUACUAUCAGUUUCAUCCAUGCAGGACGGCCGAGCUGAUGCAGGAGACUACAACGGAGCUCAGUCCAUCUGAUUUAGGGGUAAAUGCUUGUUUCAUCUCUUAUUUGGACUUUACCUCUGCCCUGCAUGACCUACUCCCAUCUCUUCAAUCUUACACUGUACCGGAAGAUUUAUGGUCAAUCGAAACGUUUACUGAUCCCAACUCAACUGAAAUGGUUUGCCGAAAGUUUCUUCAGUCCUUGGACCAAUGGAAGUUUCCUUCUGAUUUGUCUUCAGACAACACUGUCGUACUGGAAUAUCGAAUUCUGUUCAGUGAUGCGUAUCAAGUUCCUGUUUUAUUUAUUCGGUCACAAGACCGCGAUGGUCGCGGCUUGUCCAUGGAAAGCCUGAUUUAUUUUCUAAAUCGAACUGAAGCUAAUUUGCACCCAAAUUUUAAUGGAUUGGUUCUCGGACUCAGCCCUGUUGAGCAUGCUCAUCUUGGCACUCCCUACUAUCAGUUUCAUCCAUGCAGGACGGCCGAGCUGAUGCAGGAGACUACAACGGAGCUCAGUCCAUCUGAUUUAGGGUAUAACGUUCGAUAUCUAAUCUUGUGGAUGUCUCUGAUCUGCUAUCCUCUGGGACUACGUCUCCCAAACGAAUUGCUUAGCUGA